AUGACGAUCUAAAUUGCAGGUUCAAUGAUAUUUGAAGAUACAUCAAAUUAAUAUAUUAGUAAUCUAAGUUAAAAAAUCCCUGAAAUAAAAAAAAAUCAAAACAAAAAAAAAACUUGUGUAUAAAUGUCUUAUAUAUCUUCUGAAAGGACAUCUCUUUCUUAUAUUGAAUAAGAAGAAGCUUUGGUAUACUUUUAAAAGCUUGACAGAGAAAAAAAAAACUCAAUAACUUUUAACGAUUGCCUUUAGGCUAUCUAAUUAUAUGCCAGAAGAGAUUUUUCUGAAAAUGAAAUCGAAGAAAUUAGAUAGAUCAUCUCUAGCGCUAGGGUAACUAAAAUCUAAUAUCUCCAAAUAAUUGAACAAAUUCAUCAACUAAAUUAAUCAAAAUGCACUAUUAAAUUAGGAGAAAAAUUCUUAAUUGACAACUUUUCAAAGAAAGAAAUUAAAACAUUCGUUAAUGAAUGGUAGAAAGUUGAUGAUAAUUUACAGGGUCACCUCUCCUUGUAAUUCACACGUAUUGUGAUAGAAAAUGUACUCCAACAUUACUAAGACUCUAAUGCCAAUGACUCAGAUAUUAAGAGCCUAUUCAUAGAAAAAGCAAGCUCAGAAAAAAUUUUCUUUGAAGAAUAUAUGAAUUUUAUUUCAGCAUUCCUUAAGAAGAAGAAAUACAGAUUCAGCUCUAAAAAGAACAAUAAUGUUUGCGCUUGCUCUAUUUUCUGA